GCCCGCAACUCAACUUCACUGCUCAAGUAUGCUAAAAAGUUAAUACAGUUUCAGUUGGUAUCUAGUACUUGGUACUUGUAAUAACUCGACUCGGAUUCAUAUGUUGGAGUCGUUGGAUUUUCUCUAUCGUUGCGAUUCGUCUUCAUAACCGUUUUCCGUUCGUUGUUAUCGUGGUGCAUCGGUUUCGAUUUUUUUUUUAAGGAAGUUGAAAACGGACAAUAGAUACUUUUUUUAUUGAUAUAAUUUAUUAGUAUUUUUUUUUCUACCGGAAUUCGGAAUCAAUCUAAUUUUAGUUUACUUCCGAAAAACUACUAUAAAAUUAGUUUGUAUAUAUUUGUAUUUGCAAAAAUAUUCGAAAUAUCGGAGCAAACAUAAUUCACUGGUAAAAUUAAGAAUUUAUUAAAUUGGAAGUGAUUUAGAUAAUUUAUUAUCUCGCAAUUGUGUUAAUUUGAUAAAUAGUUUGAAUGUGUUCAGUCACCUGUUUUCCUGCUGAUCCAUAAACAAGAAAGUAUUCUCAACAUUUCAUACCCAUGGCAACUAGAAAGGAUACCAGUUUUCAGUUAUCAAAUUUCGACGCAACUUCCGAAAAAGCAUGAAAGAUGUGUACCCAAUCCUGGCGAGGAUUCUAACCCUAAAUUACCCUUAGUGAAUGGCGGGACACUAAACAGCAAUAAAAGGAUCCUCAGAAGGUUAUGUUCUCAAAGCCAUUAUUAAACUUAGUAUUACAAGUCCAAGGAUACCAACAGCAAGGCUCAUGUCCUUCCAAACAUUGGGAAGUGUUUACCAAGUUCAGUAUUAAUCUAUUCAACGAAGUUCCCGUGAAGGUGAAUCCGGAUAACAAUUAAUUAUAGUGACAGUGUUUUAAUCUAACGGUUUAGUGCAAAUUAAGUGAAAUUAUUUCACUUUCCCAACGAGGGCGGAAUAGAAUCUCUACAGAUUAAGUGUAUGAUUAGUGAAUUGGUUGGUUUUACAAUCGUUAUUAACCAGUUUUAUUGAAGAAGAGCUGACGGGAAAAAGGGAUUAAAUCUGUGCACCACGAUCCUGGAAAAUUUAACUGUGGUUAUGAUAUCGAAACGGCUCAUGUCAUCCAGGAAAACACGUCCCGAUGAUUAAGUUGGAAGAAAUAUUUGAAGCAAUCAGACUUUUACCCAAACAACGAAAAUGAUGCCAAACUUUCAACACUAAUCGAUUUUCAAAACAGACGAUCUCACCGCCUUUUUUCCGGCCGACCGUCCACUCUAUAAUGCGGGAGAAAGAUCAUUCUCCACGAAAAAUGCUUCCUAGUCCAAAACAGGGGUCUGUGUACCCAACCUUAGGUCAAAGCCCUGCUUCCUAUGCAUCACAAUUACCCUACGAUUUAUCGCCUGCAAAUCGAAACCUCUCUACAUCCUCUAUAACGACAUCAUCGACGGCUUCAGCAACAUCGUCCGUAAGUCAAACCAGCAACUGUACAAUACAAGGAGGAUCAUCUGAUCAACCUUUGGAUCUCCGUUUGGAUCAUAAGAAAACCAUAUCUGAUAGCAGUAGUAAUAGCGGGAAUGAGGAUCGACUGGCCGAUGAGAAUAGCAAUAUUAUAAUGAUCGAUAAUAAUCGAUCACAAACACCGGGCAAUGUAUUCAGCGUUAAAAGCGGUAACUUGGCUAAGGCAACGAUGGUUACUUUAAACAACAAUUUAUCUAGUUUUGAAGACAGUGAAAAGUUUAGAGGGAGCGGAAACUCCUUCAAGGAUGAACUUCGGAUACCAAAUCUAGGUUGCCACAGACCUGGCCUAUUUCCCCCGCCUGCAAUUCAUCCUCUUAUGUUAGAGGCUAUGGCUAAAGCCGCUCGCCUGCCGUUACCAUAUCGGAAUCCUUUCGUUGCGCCACCCCAACCACCGCCAAAUGCAUUCGAUCUUUUACGGCCGAAACAAGAACUACUAUCUUCGUUACCAACACUCGCAUCUUCAAUCGUUAACCAUCACCGCCCGCACCACCAUAGUACCAAUAGUAAUAGUAUCGUAGUUAAUAGCAACAAUAACAACAAUGAAGCUAUGCAAAAUGCAAACAUCAGCCCCGCAGCCGUGAAAAAUAAGGAUCGCUAUGCGUGCAAGUUCUGCGGGAAAGUCUUUCCACGCUCGGCUAACCUAACGCGUCACUUGAGAACGCAUACGGGCGAGCAACCGUACAAAUGUAAAUACUGUGAACGUUCCUUUAGUAUAUCAAGUAACCUCCAGCGUCAUGUUCGAAAUAUCCACAACAAGGAACGCCCUUUCAAGUGUGCUCUCUGCGAACGCUGCUUCGGUCAGCAAACUAAUCUCGAUCGCCAUUUGAAGAAGCACGAAGCAGAUGCAGCUUCCUUGGGGCUCGGUUUUGAUGAGCGGAUACGUGGUAUGCGACGAAAUACACGUGCCGGGAUUACUGAAGAAUCCUACUUCGAAGAAAUACGAUCCUUUAUGGGAAAGGUGACACAGCUACCGAUCCCUUUGCGAUCACAAUUAUCUACAAGUGGCGAUAUGAAUUCUCCAAGAAGCGGGUCUUCAUCGUCUUCGUCGCCACCAUCGGAACCUACUUCGCCGAAAAGUCUACAAAUUCUUGAUGAUUGUAUGACUGACAGGACAAGUCCAAUUAUAAACUUAGCAAGUAGCAGUAAUAAUGACAAUAACAAUAAUAAAAAUAAUGAAGAUCGUGUUCAAGUUACCUGACCAACUAUUUGGAUAGUUUGUAAUAUCUUAAAGCUUAAUGCAAGGACGAGAAUGCAGAAACUCUCCUGUAUUUUGUAUUGUACUUAUGAAGAUAAGUUUGUUGAUAAGAUUUUUAGUUGUAUGCAGCUGAGAUAUGUGACUAUGUACCAGACAAAUGAAACUACUAAUUUCUAA